AUGAAUAUCUUUUCCAUUCUUCUGACAUCCUGUCUAGUAGGACUUUGUAACUGCAAGGGCUCCAGACUUCCCACUGACAGACUAUCUAUCCAGGUUCUAGACGACUAUGCAGAAGAUGAAAUUUUGACUGGUGAUUUUGUAGAGGAGACAAGGAAAGGUGGAUCUAGCGGCAGAAGACUGGUCUGGGAUCUUGCUAAUGGAACUGUCUAUGAAGAAGAGUAUAUACAGCCAUCAGCUCGUAGACGUAAUACUGGAAAGGUAGAAUAUCUGACGGUGGAAGAAUCAGCUGAACAGGAUGGAGUUACUCUGGAUCUUACCAGUCCAGAUAAGGAUGAGUGCGAAUUCUUCGAGUAUUCCUUUGUUGCAAACACAGUGAAACUCAUUGUUCCUAAUAAAGGUGUUAGCGUCUCCAAGCUUGUGAACGGCAGUGAAGAUAUCUACACCCUUUCCUCUGGAGAAACAUUUGAUCAUGCUAAAGCCUACCUAAACAAGGAUAAGAAGCCUGAACUUGUUCUUGUAGUAACUAGGACAUCUGGCGCUUCUAAGGAGUACUAUCUUGAACUUAAAGAUGGGAAGUGGACGGUCUGUGAUAAUCAUGGAGAAAAGAUGCUAGGUUUAAGGGUUCCUGCCGAACGUACUUCAGACAUUGACCUUUCCUUUAAAACUAGUACUGAUCAGUGCACAAUAUUUGAAACAGAGUUACUAGGCGUUACAACUAAGCACUUUUACCCUAAACCUGGCCAUGUCGCUAUCCAAGUAAAGGAUGGUAACGAGGAACUAUGGAAUGGUGGAAACGGUGACUAUUGCCUUUCUUGUCUUGUUUAUAGAAAAGGGAAUGUAAAACUACUAGAAAUAAUUGUCGUGGAGAAUUCGUCAGGAAGAGGCAGAUACUUUGAGAGGAAUGUUGGUGGAGAAUGGAGGAGCAUUACUGAGGAAGAGUAUGAUCAGAAACUUGCUGAUAUUAAGGGUAAUUCUGGUGGUAAAUCUUCUGUAGAAGACUAUAAAGAAUAUCUUAAUCUUAUUUCCACAAUAGCACCUCGUAGUGGACAGUAUGGCUUUGAAACUCCCCAAUUUGUUCCCCCGCUUGCUGACUAUUCUAGACAACAUAGUUUCAGUCCUCCACCAGAUCCCAAAACGUUGGAUCUUGCCUCUCUUACGGAUCCCCGCUACAAGACGGUUGACGUCGACAUUGCUGGAGCGCCUGCAAGGGUUUACAUAAUAAAUCACAGGGAAGAUGUAAAGGAGGUUAAGUAUAAUGGAAAGGAAGUAUGGAAAGCAUAUGAUGUCCUUGAUGCAAGUGGAUACACUACUCCAGGGAAAUGUGCUUAUUGCAUAACAUUCCUCAGGGGUACUGGCACUGCUAUGAUACUAGUUAAUAUACAUAAUGUGACUGUCUACCGGGAAAUCUUCAGGUACAAGGAAAAGACGGGAUAUUUUGGUGGAGGCGGACCUGGUUGGUCAAGAUCAAUAACGGAAUAUGCUCAGGAAAUUGCCGCUCUGAAAACAUGCACAGGUCCUCCAACCAAGUUUACCCUAGACAUUUCCUCCGCAAAAGGUAACGGUAGGUUUAAGCUCAAGAAGUCCGUUGUCGAGGGCAUAACCAUCCGCUAUUACUCCUCCAAGCCUGGCAAUCUCAUAGAAAAAGUUGUGGAUGGGUCAGCUGGCCUAUGGAAUGCUGAGCAUGACACCGUUUGUUACCUCUGUGAACUCCAUUCCAAGGGUACCUCUAAACUGCUGAGAAUACACACUGAGCAAAAUUACAAGAUUAAACUCCACUAUUUCGAGAAUGAAGGCUCUGGAUGGAGUACUCUGAAAAAAUAUGAAUUUGAAGAAAGACUUGAAAGAAUGCAGUAG